CGGUGGCCGAGGUUCAUGUGCAUUUGCCCGCGGCGAUGAAGUCGUAUCUGCGGUACACGGCCGAGAGUGCCUUCGGCGUUGUGUGCAGUCCAAGCUCACGAUGCGUGUACGACUUGACGGGCCAACUAGCCAUCUGCGGUGCACUCAAGAACGUUAUUGUGUGGAACAUCCGCACCGGCGCCAAGGUCCGCGUCUUGCACGGUGACACAGAGACGGACAUGGCCGGACAGGUCACGACGCUGUGUCUGAGCCCCGAUGGCGCGUACGUUGCGACGGGGUAUUCCACAGGCAUUGUGCGGAUCUUCAAACUCAGCAACGGAAACGUCGAGGUCACGUUGGACGGACACAAAAACGCUAUCGAGAGCUUGGCGUACGGCGAAAACGGCGCACUCUUGGCGUCUGGGUCCCGCGACACUGACAUCAUUGUGUGGGACAUCGUGUCUCAGUCUGGUCUCUACCGACUCCGCGGCCACAAGGAUGCCGUCACCGCGGUUGCCUUCUUGGACAACCAGCGCGCCUUGGUGUCCACGUCCAAGGACACGCUCAUGAAGGUGUGGGACCUGGACACCCAGCAUUGCGUCCAGACGUGUGUAGGCCAUCGCAACGAAAUCUGGUCCCUCGACACCCACGCACCCACGCACCGUCUCCUCACUGGCGCCUCGGACAACCUACUUCGCGUGUGGGACACGACGGAUGCGACGGCGCUGCAACUCCUCGGGACGAUUCCGCGCCAAGCAAAUGACCGCGCCAUGCUCGUUCAGUACAAUGCGUCGGGCACACUUAUUGGUGUACAAGGAUCGGGAAAGACACUCGAACUUUUCCGCAUUCGGUCUGCUGAGGAGCAAAAGAAGAAGGCACAGCGCAAGCUGAAGCGCGUCCGUGAGAAGGCCCGCAAGCAGCAGCAGGAUGGCACGACCAUGGCGCACAAACCAGACGAUGGAGACAUUCUAGACGAUGGGGAGGCCGCCAACAACUCGAUUGCGAACGAAGUCGAGUCGGUUUGUGUCAUCCGAUGCAGCGCGAAGAUCCGAUCGUUUGCCUUCAGCCCAGACGCAGCCAAGGACGGCACGACAUCGAUCUUGGUCACGUUGCACAACAACUCACUGGAAACGUACCAGAUCGUGCCGCACGCCGAAACAAUCGAUGGGCGGUUUUCCAGGGUCCAUGCGUUGACGCUGCCCGGCCACCGGUCCGAUGUCCGUCAGGUCACGCUGAGCUCGGACGACUCGCUCAUCUUGAGUGUCUCAAGCGGCGAAGUCAAGGUCUGGAAUUCGCAAUCGCUGCAGUGCGUCCGCACGUUCACGGACUUUUCGCUGGCGCUGUCCGCAGUGUUUGCCCCCGGCAACAUGCACGUGAUUGUCGGCACCAAAGGCGGCAGUUUGCACUUGUUUGAACUCUCGUCUGGCGAGUGCAUUUGGAAAAAGGACGAUGCGCACGCGGCGGGGUCGGCCAUUUGGUCGAUCGAUGUCCGCCCGGAUGGGAAGGCGGUCGCGACGGGCGGCGCCGACCACGUCGUCAACUUUUGGGAUUUUGAAAUGACGACCGAGUACACACAAACGUCGACGCUUAAGCUUGGGUUGGUGCAUGCUCGCAUGCUCAAGAUGGCGGACGAUGUGCUGUGCGUCAAGUAUUCGCAUGCGACCGACCCCCGCAAGGUUCUCGUGGCCGUCGCGCUGCUGGAUUGCACGGUCAAGGUGUUCUACGACGACUCGCUCAAAUUCUUCUUGUCGCUUUACGGCCACAAAUUGCCUGUCAUGGCGAUGGACAUUGCGACCGACGACUCGUUGCUUGUGACCGCAUCGGCCGACAAGAACGUCAAGCUGUGGGGUCUAGACUUUGGCGAUUGCCACAAGAGCAUCUUUGCGCACGACGAAGCGAUCAUGGGGAUUGCGUUCGUGCCACGCACGCACUACUUCUUCACAGCGUCCAAGGACAAAUCGAUUGCGUACUGGGACGGCGAUCACUUUGAGCGCAUUCUGAAAUUGUCGGAUCAGCAUUUCGGCGAAGUGUGGGCGGUCGCAGUGAGCCGCGACGGCAGCUUUGUCGUGUCGGCGUCGCAGGAUCGAUCGUUGGUCAAGUACACUCGCGGCGACGAUCAAGUGUUUGUCGAAGAAGAAAAGGAAAAGGAACUCGAUGCGAUGUUUGAGAGCGACCUCCAGCCGACCAACACGGCGGCCCCAACGCUGGGUGGGACCAACGUGAAGGAGAUGGACUCGUCGACCACUGCCGCCAAGCGCACUGUCCAAACGGUCAAGUCGGGCGAGCGGCUCAUCGAAGCCAUCGACAUUGCCGAUCGAGAGAUCCUCGCCCAGAAAAACAGCUCGAACCCGGACGUUGUGUCGACGAACUUUAUGCUGCUCGGGUAUGCGCCGCUCAAGUUUGUCCUCCGCAGCGUGCGUGAGAUUCGCGCAAAUGAGAUGGAGGAAGCCCUCAUGGUGCUCCCGUUCGAGUACGUGAAGAAGCUGCUGUCGUAUCUGCUGCAACUCAUCGCGGCCGAAAUGGAAGUCGAGAUCUGCUGCAACUGCAUUCUGUUCCUCUUGCGGGUGCACCACCAUCAGAUCGUGACCAAUACGAUUCUCCUGGGCGAACUCGACACGAUGUGGGGGUCCCUGCGCGCGCAGCUCGUCUCGUCCAAGAACCGCAUCGGAUUCAACUUGGCCGGGAUGAAAUAUAUCAAGCGGCAGGUUGACCAGACCAAGACGGGGUACAUCGAGGAACUUGGCGCGGCACCUGCCACCAAGAAGACCAAAAAGCAGAGUGUGUAGCAAUAACUAACGUAAGAACGAAAUCAACUCAUGACGACCUGUGGACACGACCACGAGAGCCUGGCGGGCAGGCUGUGCCAUCAAAGGGCCUCGCUGGUCGGUGUGGUCGGGACUUCUGC